AUGACAGGAGAAGAAGCAAUUCCCAUUGAUUCUACUCAUGGAAAUAUAGUUAUAUCUACUAUAGAUACAACUCAACUUAAAGAAAGAAUUAAAACCUUUUCAGAAAAUGAAAGAUCUAAAAUUGGUUAUAUUCAUAUAUCGACCAUUCAGAUUUUAAUUAAAAGCACUUUUAUGAAAGGUAUUAAUUCACCUCUAGAAAUAGCUUUAAAAGACUCUAGAAUUCUAGACACAGAUCAAGCAACAAUUGCAAAAGGAAAUUGCAAUCUAAAAUAUGGUAAAAUCAAAUUUGAUAUAAAUUUACAAAUUGGUUUAUCUCUAAAAGAUAAAGAUCUUGAUAGAUCUAUAGUUUUUCAUUAUAAAAUGAAAAACAAAAAUUUUAUGAAAAAAGGUAAUCACCCAUUUACCAUUUACUAUAGAAUUAACUAUGCUUUGAGUAAUUCACAUCAUAGUAUAGAAUUCAAAGGAAAAGACACAAUUCAUAUUGACGAAUUGUUUGCACCUAUAGUAACUCUAAAAUCACCUAUAUUUAGAAGUCUAGCAAGGAAUAGUUGUUCUUUGAUAGAAGCUGACAGAGAUCUGUUUGAGGAAACAGAAGACAAAUCGUUAUUUAGAAGCAAAAGCCUUAGAAUAACACCACCCAAAAAAGAUUUUUAUAUCUCAGAACAAAAAGAACUAAGUAAGCUACAUAGUUCAAUAGAAGGACUAUCUUUACAAGUCCAAAAUUUAGAUAGAAAAAUCUAA